CGCGUCUCGUCGUCAUUUUUAGCUUCAGGUGAAUAUCAUUAGUUGUUUCAGACAAACCACUCUGAAAAAGAAACACUCUUUUUUAUCUGUGCCUGGGUGGAAGUUGACGGAAUACGGCCCCGACAUCUUUAUUUAGCGAAGAUAGAGACUGCAUAUCCCAGUGAAAGAAAGAAACUCCCUCCGUCAGCCGCAUUUACUAUUUCAAUGGCACCGGCAAACGGCAUCUAAGAAGCUUGACAAGAUUCGAAGGCGCGGGCCUAGUUUAUAUAGACAGAAGUCUUUGCAUUGCGACUAUGACAUGAGAUGAACCUCGCGAACCCCUCUGAGUGCACCUUUCGACGGUUGGCCCACACGCCUGACGUCACUGGAGCAAUGUCAGAGAGAAAAUUGCAGUGCGGUAAAAGAUAUCGAGAUGUGCCCGUGUAUCAACCGACCUUAUAUAUGCAUAGACAGCAGGUGUCCCUCUGUCAUGUAUUUCUAGAACAGCGAAUUUUGAAGCUUCAUGUUUUCUCAAGUCAGUAAUCGCAUUCGCCACGUCGCGGAUCCACUAGCUCCGCGUUGCUUUCGUGGGAGGAUGGAUGCCAUAUGUUAGAACCCCCGAGUGCAAGGAUGAGGAACGGGCUUCGUAACACCAUGCGGAUUAUCCGCCAUAAUUUUGUUCUUUUAAGGACUCAUGAUCGAUCGAUCUAAACAUCCACGCAUCGCUGACGAAAGGUGACAGUUUGGAUGAGCAGAUGCUAUUCCCCAGUCGAAGGAUAGCUCGUUAGAGACGUUGUAAAAUCAGUAGAGAAGAUGUCAGUGGUGAGUUAUGAUAGAGUCGGAAUCAAUCCUAAUAUCUGCACAAAUCUACUGUAUAUAGGUCGUUGGAGAAGGACUGCCGGUUGAUAGCGCUAGGCUUGAUGUGGAUCGAAGGCUUGGCAAAUUCAUUCCUUGGCACUGAUGCCCGCUUAAACUUGAAGCUCUGAUAAUUCUUGUUUUUUUAUCUAAAUAAAAGGAAUCAUCGAAGCAAAUACUGUACAAUCUUUCCCCUAACACUUCACUAACCCCUACUUAAUCAAUUAAUCAAUACCCCGAUCCUCGCAAGCGAAACCAGCACCAAGAAGAAAACAACCAAAUAAAUAAAUAGUUAAAUCAACCCGCAAACAGAACCAGAGCGCUAGGAAGAUAGAAAAUAUGGCGCCUUACCCCAAAAAACGCAAACUGACCUCCUCCCACCCCAACGCCGUUCCAGAGAUCCUCUUCGAUCCCAGUGCGCGGGCGGAGUACUUGACGGGUUUCCAUAAGCGCAAGGUACAGCGCGCCAAGCAGGCACAGGAGAAUGCGGAGAAGAGAGCGAAGGAGGAGAAGAGGGAGCAGAGGCGGCGGAUACGAGACGAGCGCCGCGCAGAAUUCGAACGAGCCCUUGAGCAAAACAGAACGCUGAUGCGGGAGAUAAGCCGUGCGGCGGCGGGGGAGAGCGGUUCCGAUGAGGAUGAAGAUGGGGAGAAUGAUAAUAGUACGGAUGAGGAGUGGGAGGGAAUCGCCGAGCCACCGCCGGUCGACUAUGAGGCGGAAUAUAUCGACGAGGAUAAAUAUACGACUGUUACGGUGGAGGAGUUGGAUUCUUCUUCGCGGGACGGGCUGAGGAGGAGAGUUGGUGUGGAGAGUGACGACGACGAAGACGACAGUGAAGAUGAUGGGGAAGAGAAAAAGAACAAGAACAAGGCGGAACAUGAAGGACGAGAGGGUGGUGAGGAUACAUCAAAACCGAAAAAGCGAGUAUGGACCAAGGAGAACCCGAAGUAUAAGAGUAAAAACAAGGAUACUGAUAAGAAUGGUGAUAAUGCGUCGGGUCGGUCGAAGAGUAAUUCGAAGAGGAAGAAGAGGAGUUUCCGGUAUGAGAAUAAGGCCGAGCGGAGGGUUACGAAGUUCAAGGAGCGGGCUGGGGGCAAGAAGCGGGCGAGGGAGAGGAGGGUGGCGACAUAGAUUCAUUCCCGACGAGACGUAUGGAGUUAUUCAUUCGAUUUGAUCAAAUGAGAUACAUCAUUGCAACAGAUACGAAUGAUUACGGCCACGACUCUACGAACCUGAUAAACAGAACAUAUGGAACAGUUGCCAUGGGCAACAAUGAAUCGAAUCUCAUUAAAGGCUCUAUGUACCGCAGUCGGGAAAGAUAAAUCAUACGUGGACAAAUUUGGGGAAAUAAAUAUAAAAGAGGAUAGUAGGGGGGAAAAAAAGAAGAAAAGAAAAGAAAAGCACAUGACACAUGACAGUAGCUUCAAGGUCAGAACAGUGACAUGUUAUUUGGCGGUUUUCUGUCUUCCUUUAACAGUUCAAGCAGUGACUAGAAGCACGAGAUCGCAAUCACAUAUGGAGAGAAGCGACACGAGGCGAGACUAAGAAGAAAGAGACAAGCUUGUUGAAGAAUAUAUUUGUAUACACCACGCUCCCUACCCCCAUCAUCUACACAUUGCCCAUGGCAGUCUCCAGCUCCCGUAGCUCCUUCUGCAAAUUCUCGUACUUCUGGGCCAUUUCCUCAUACUUGGCCUCCCAUUGGUCACGGGAAGUCUCGAGCGCCUGGACUUUGCGCUCGUAGUGUCCGGCCUUGACAUCGGUUUGGCGGAGCCUAAAUUUGAAUAACAUGGUGGUUAGCAUCUUGAAAUCAUAAAAGUUGCACUUAGGGAAACCCCCAAAAAGUAAAGAGGAAGGGAGAAGAGGAGAAACGCACUUCUCAUUCGUCUCACGGA